GCCGCCUGACACACAGACACAGACACACAUUUGUGGGCGCACACCGAGGGGAGGCUGCCGAGUCUGGGGAGGGACCAGACAACGGCGGGCUCCGGGUAUAAAACCUUGCCAUGAUGAGGCCAGCGUCUUGCCCUGAGCUGGACGGCACCCAUUUUCUCUGUGGCUGCAGGACACCGCCAAGACAGGAAGCAGACAAGCCUCCGACAUGAACGACAUCUACAAGGCUGCGGUUGAGCAGCUGACGGACGAACAGAAAAAUGAGUUCAAGGCGGCGUUUGACAUUUUUGUCCAAGAUGCAGAAGAUGGCUGCAUUAGCACCAAGGAGCUGGGCAAGGUGAUGAGGAUGCUGGGCCAGAAUCCCACGCCGGAGGAGCUGCAGGAGAUGAUUGAUGAGGUGGAUGAAGACGGGAGUGGCACGGUGGACUUUGACGAGUUCCUGGUCAUGAUGGUCAGGUGCAUGAAGGACGACAGCAAAGGGAAGUCAGAGGAGGAGCUGGCGGAGUUGUUUCGCAUGUUUGACAAAAAUGCAGAUGGUUACAUCGACGUGGACGAGUUGAAAAGGAUGCUGGAAUCAACAGGAGAAGCAAUUACCGAGGAUGACAUCGAGGAACUUAUGAAAGACGGGGACAAGAACAACGAUGGCAAAAUUGACUAUGACGAGUUCUUGGAGUUCAUGAAAGGAGUGGAGUAAUUCAUCACACAAGAACAUUCUUUUUGUAUUCCUCCGUCACAUCUGGAAAACUGGAAGCUGACUAGGAAUGGAGCUUUUCAACGACUUUGCAAGCUUUUCUGCAUCUGACUCUUUCUGUUCUAUUUUUCCUACCACCUCCUCUUGCAUCUUUGUAAAUACAAUAUAUUUUUUGCCCGUGUCCUGAAUUUGUGUAAAUUACAUAUUCCUGGUAUUUUUUUUUUUUUUUUUUUAUGUCAGAAGUUCAGUUUACAAGUAUUUUCACUGAGCAAUUGAUGUUGUAUAGCUAAGAACGAUCACUAGCCAGGUUCAGCAUAUUUCGGGAUGCACAUGACAAACAUUUUUGUAUGUUUGAGACACCCUCAGGACUUUUUUUUCCCCUCUCAUAGCCUUGCAAAGCAUGCGUUUGACUAUGUGCUUGGAAUGUCAAGGAAUAAACAAGAGCAUUUGUCAGAGCAUAGA